UUCAUUGAGGGUUUGUUGUAUACUCACCAAGCCGAAAGUACACUCACUAUACACACAUGUGUUGGGUGCGUGUGUAAACAGUACGGAAGUUGAAUGUCGUCGUCACGUUGUUAGAACAGACUACCAAGUGGUUUGAUAACUGUAGUUCAUGUGUUAUUACACUGACACACGUACGUAUCGCCGACAGCUGGUGUUCCAUCGAUAACACAACCUACAGUAAACCGUACCAAAACACACAAGCUGGAUGUGAUGCGAGUCGCUUAUCACGUAUUUCCACAAUUUGGAUCCCUUCUUAUAGCCAGGUAUGCGAGGUGUUCUGUAUGAUGACGUAUUACAAGAAUGAUGACCAGCUAGUGAUACUCAAACCCUUUGUCCACCAAGUCGGUGGUCACACGUGCUUGUUUGAAAUCACACAGGAAACAAUAUGUAAACCGUACCAGGAGCGGGAGUUCCAGUUUUAUCAGAACCUACCCGAAAAUAUGAAGGAAUUCACGCCACAUUACAAAGGCCUCGUGUGUGUCAAAUGUAGCCAUGACAACGACAGUCCCACGUUCUACGCUGAAGUACCCGGAUAUAUCCUUCGGAACACAGAACAUCAAAACAACGAAGGGAGAAGCGAUGAGGUGAAGUCGGGGUUAGACAAUUGGAGUGUUUCCUGUAUAGACCGCCAGAUGCAGCGUAAUGGCUUCUGGUCAAACAACGUCGACCAGAAGUUUAUCAUGCUUGGUAAUCUGGUCGGCUCACUAAGAAUGCCCUGUAUACUGGACCUCAAGAUGGGAACCCGACAACAUGGCGACGAUUCUUCAGAGGAGAAGAAGAAGCUGCUGGAAGAUCGAUGCGCACAUUCAACUUCCGCUUCCCUAGGUCUGCGCAUCUGCGGCAUGCAAGUAUACCAGGCGGAAACUAACAGUUACCUAUCUUACGACAAGUACCACGGUCGGGCCCUAGACGAUAAUGGUCUUCGUCAGGAUCUUCGGCAGUUCUUCCACAACAGCCAAACCAUAAACAUACGUGAAAUUUCUCGGAUGAUACAGAAACUGCGCAGACUGCAUCACGUGCUAUCUACACAGGAUACUUUUUACUUCUUCUCAUCGUCGUUACUACUGUUUUACGACGGUUACAUUGAAAAUUAUCAGUGUUCCGACCAAUCAAAACAAGCAAAUGAAUCUUCCGAACGAAAUUCUGACCAAUCAGAAGAGGAUUUAUCCAGUAACAACUCGUCACAUGAUUUCCCCGAUCAAAUUAAAGUGGAGGAAACUGAGGACGGAAAAGUUGACCAGUCUGGUUGUGAUGACGACAUGGCCACUGCAGAUGCCCGGAUGAUAGAUUUUGCUCACACGGUGCUGAAGUCGGACGUAAAGGAACACCAAGGCGGUGUGGAGGAAGGCAUUCUUUUUGGUCUUGUCAACCUUAUAGACAUAUUACAAUCAAUCGCUGAGAGUUAAAAUACCUCUCAUUUGUAGGAGAGUAAAAAGUUUCUAGUUUGCGGGAUUUACAUUCUAUAUUUUGCCGUUGAAAUCUUUGAUUUAACCGACAGGUUUUUUCGACUAUCGAAUUUAAAUCCUUGCAAAUAAGCUUGGUGUAAUUAUUCCGAAAUUGACUAAUCGCAAAGCAUGAAUGAUAUCCAAUAACCUUUUUUGAAAAGGAAACAUUGAACAGUCAUGUCAGGGAAUGCCGACCUAACCUUAAAUAGCAUUGAUUAGAUAAUCGUCAUUAUAUUGUUUGCUCUGUGAGAAACAAUAUAUCUGGCAUUGUUAAUCCAUGUGUGUAGCUUAAUCAGUCCUAUCUCGUGUAUUAGAUCACCAUUUUUAAGGGCUGCAACGAUAUAUAUUCCUCACGAUACGAUACGAAUCGCGAUACGAUGCUUUCGAUACGAUACGUAUCACGAUACAAAUAUCUGCUUAAAAGGUCAACUUCAUAAUGAUUGAGUGCAGGAUGUUGUCAUAGACUUCAAUAGUAUAUACUAUCGAAAUAUAUUUUUGUAUUCUUUGUAGUACUUUUGGGUAUGACUGCACAGUUGACCACAUCUUUACUGAAGGACAUUUUUAGGGGUUUGAUAAAAAUUAAUUCAAAAUUUAAGUGCUGCUAGUGUAUCAGGAGACAGGCAAACAAAACAAUUCGGUACGAUACACAAGAAAGUAUCGUGAUACGAUACAAUACGAUAUAUCGUUGCAGCCCUUCCAUUUUAUCACAAAGCUGUAUUUUGGUUUAUAUAAUUACCGCAUUAGGAGAGCAUCCCCGUUAUGAAACCAACCACUGUUUUGCCUUCCCUUUGGUGGUCUUUAUAAAUACGUGUUUACAUAUCAGUAGACAGGGUUUAUACAUAUCACGUGUACAAUGUGAUCACCACAAACCAGUGUUCUGGACAUUUAUGUGUCUAUGUUACUAAUAUACUUCCACCACUAAAUGUAAUACUAAUAGUGUGGGCAGCAUUGAUGAUGUAUUUUUCGCAUAUAUACGUUUUGUUAGUAUUUUGAAUUUCGCCACGAUCUAUUUUUUUUACAAGAUUUUACCAUCUAGAGUAAGGCUAUGUUUUAUUGAUAACCAGACACAACUGUACCAUGUCAGGUUAAACCAGACACAACUGUAACAUUGUCAGGUUAAAGUUGUUUGUACGUUUUUUGUUCACUGGUUUACUAACUUUUUGCUAUCUCCCUUUUGCCGAUGGUGCAUGUCACACGAACCAGUCUAUGUACACUAUGCCACUGAACAAGUAACUACUCCUAUAAAUCUAUUGAUACUUCAUUUAAAUCUUAACACCACUUUUAAAAACUAUUACUUCGAACAUCAUAGAUUUGUUUAGUUGAGACAAGCUUUGAAAAGCUUGGCUAUCGAUGAUAUCAAAAACAUCUGACUGCCUUAACAUGCCCGUGUCUGGUAAAAGUUAUAAGUGAUGUCCUGUUGACUUAAUUCGUUUGUAAUUCGUCAAACUUAAAAUUUUACGCAGAACGUUACAAAUAGUGAAUAUUAAAAAAAAAAAAAAACAUGUCUAACCUGCCAAUAUGGGCCUGUUACGAAUCAAUAAAGUUUGAUUCGUACCAACCUAUGCCUUUUCUAAAUUACUUCGUAUAAGUCUGCAGUCAUUAUUAGUUUCUAGACCUCGUAUAAAAGGUGUUGACGGUGUUGUAAAAUUGCUAAUGACCACCAGUUCUUGCCCUCUAUGACGAUUUCUUAUGCUCUUUGGGUGACUUUCCUUAUACCAACCAAUGUUCGUUUCUUAAGACGUCCUAAUUCUAAAUAAAAGAUAGGUUAUUCACCUGAAGGUCAUUGUAAUGCUUAGAGACUGUAGUUACCUGGGUUACAAGUGUAUUAAGCUACAGGAACCCUCUAUGUAAUAUUGACAGGUACGGCCUUUAAUGACUUUCGUGUUAACGUUAAAGUGAACAUUAAUACUUAUACCAUAUAUAAACCCUACCUUACCUAUCGUUGAUUCAAUCAAGGGACCAUCAUAUCUAAUAAUAAUACAUAUUAUAUAAGAAUGUAUAUCGUACGUGUUCAAAUAUUAAAUAUUGAUAUUUUUAUUUUCCAAAGUCUUAAUACAUGUGAUGCUAUCUAUCUAUACACACGCUGUUAUUCCUGUUGUUAGUGAGAUCCGAUUUUUAACCAUGAUAUUUCAGUGUCUAUCAUAAUUAAGUACAUGCCCCCCGGUAGGGUCAAUACUGACCUUCAUCCAUUUAACGAAGCAAACACCUUUCCUACAAAAACAAAAAGACUUUAUUUUGUCGGUAAUGUCUGUCCUUUUUUGUGUCUCCGCGAUGGCGGUACUCUUCUGGAGACCACUUUGUCGUUAUGUGCUGACGCUGUGGGAAUUUGCCCUCACGUGAUGAUGCUGAGGGUUUGUUGUCCUCGUCUGGUGACGCUGUGGAUAUUUUGACCUCAUGUGUUGACGCUGUGGGAAUCGUGUCGUCGUGUGUUGACACUGAGGGUAUUUUGACAUUUUGUCCUCAUGUAUUGACGCGGAGGGUAUUUUGACCUCAUGUGUUGAUGCGGAUGGUAAUUUUACCUCGUGUGUUGACGCUGAGGGUAUUUUGACAUCAUGUGUUGACGCGGAGGGUAUUUUUACCUCGUGUGUUGACGCUGAGGGUAUUUUGACCUCGUGUGGUGGCGCUGUAUUUGUACUCGUAUGUUGACACUGAGAAUAUUUUGUUGUCCUCGUGUGUUGACACUGUGGGUAUUUGUUCUCGUGUGUUUAUGCUGAGGGUAUUUGUUCUGGUGUGUUGACGCAGAGGGAAUUGUGUCGUCGUGUGUUGGCGCGGAGGGUAUUUGUCCUUAGUGUGUUGACACUGAGGGUAUUUUGAUCUUGUGUGUUGACGUUGUAGGUCUUGUUUCCUCGUUUGGUGACGCUGUGGGUAGUUUAUUCUCCUGUGUUGACGAUGAGGGUAUUUUUCCUCGUGUUGUCGCUGUAGGUUUUUAAGUGCAAUAUAUAACAAACAGUAUAAAUUAGCUGUCAACGAUACCACUGUGGAUCGAUUCACAUAUAUUUUUCAGAAUGAUUUUUAUAUGAAUUUAGUUUGCUUGGGAAAUUCAUUGUAAGACACACUGUAUAUGUCAGAAUCAAUAUAUGUUGAUCCGUUUAUUCCUAUGUUGUACGUACAUAAUUACAUUAUUACACACACAAAAAAAUACAAAAAGAUAUCUGUUUUAUCGUGGAAUGGGUAGCUGCUUUCUGUAAUGUAUGUGUUAGUAACACGGGCCUAGGUCUGCCAGAGUUGUCUCCCGUUAAUUCAGCUGUUAACUGUAUUAUAUGUUUCGCACAUAUAUAUCCAGUUCAACCUUCCAAUACAUGUCAUACAGCUUGCCUCUUCUUAUUCGAAUUAAUUGAUAUGACACAUGUUUAAUUAAUUCUUUGGCUCAUGACCUACUUUAUAUACUAACCGUUCAUUUACGUUGCUCUACUAAACAGGGUUAUCCUACCAAGUGUAUUUUUGUUAAAACUUGGAUGAGGUUGUUUAACAAUAUAGAAUUUAUUGAUAUAUAAUUUUCUUUUCUAUUUACUUUCGUGAUGUGUUCUUUAUCUUAAUGUCAUAUUUUUAAAAUUCAACUUUAUGAACUUACUUUCUGGUACCAAGUUACUUUUAAUAAACCCAACUUAUUCAGCAUCAUUCCUCCCAGAAAGAAAUGUAUUAUAUUAUUAGGCAUGUUUAUAACCUGUGAUGUGUUUUUUAACUGACAAAACAACCUGAAGACUUACAUUAAAUUUUGUCGAUAAUGGUUAUAUAAAAAUUUGUCGAAUGAAUAGAUCGUAGGUAUUGUAUGGAAAAAAAUAAUAAAACAUUUGUAUCGGCCUGAUCGAUGCUUUAAAAGGGGUUCGUAAUAUAAGGUAAAAAUGUGAUGAUUUAUAUUCACACGGAACAUCUUGUAACAUAUAGCUGUAAGCAGAGAAGUUGUUAUGUUAGACACGCCACCAUCCUCGAUAACCAGGAGUGACGCUCACUUUCACCCUCUACACCCCUGGAAUAAGUCAUAGCAAAAAUGAAGGCAUGCGGCUAGCUAUUUGAUUGGUGUCAGGUAAUAAAAGAAACUGAACAAUCAUAAGACCGAUACUUAUCCUUUGAAGAUUACAAAGGAGCGACGCCCGACUUCAAAGCCUGUCAUUUUUUACCAUUACGCGACCGCGGGAUCUUUUGAUUUACAUCAAAGGACCCAAGUAGACUUCUUGUCUCAACAACAAGGUGGUGCACAUUGAGACUUCAGCUUUGCUAUGACUUAUUCCAGGGGUGCAGAGAGCGAAAGUGAACGUUACCCGUGGAUAUCGAGGAUGAUUCCAGGGGUGCAGAGAGCGAA